UGUACAAUGUGAACAGUAUUAGCAGAAUAGCAGUUCUAGUGCAGUAGCUCUGUGUUGAGGAGUGUUUCCAGGAGUCCUGUCCUUAGACUAAAGUAGAUUCAAUUGUAUAAAUAAGUGUACAUGUUGUGUUAAGGUGUGACUGGACUUUUAGCCUUGAACUACAUGUAUGUUUCUAUUUUUCAGGCAUUUGGACAAAUGCCAUUCACUGCUCCCCUUUACGGGCAAGUCGCUGCUUCCUUUUACGGGGCAGCACAGUUCAACCCUGUUGUAGUACAGCUGCAGCAGACUGUACAGGGCCUAAGAGAUGCCCUCUACUCCGCCAUCUCUGAGAUAAAGGCUGUGAAGGAAGAGAACAAGGCUCUUAAGGAGCAAGUGAGGAAGAUGGAGAGGAAGCACAGAGAGGAGCUGAAAGAAAAAGAUGAGCUCCUUAACAGAGAAGUCAACAAAAGGAGGGCUCGUACUCAGGCUUAUGUCAACUGCCUGGACCUGCUCAAUAGACAAGAAAAGGCCCUUAAGAGUGCAGAGCUGAGAGGUAAAGCUCUAGAGUCAAACCUGAGAUGGGAGCUGACUCUCAAAGAAGAGAAACAUCAGGAGGAGAAGAAAUACAAGGAGGAAGUGGAAGAGGAGACCAAGAGGAGUGAGGAUGGUUGGAGGAGAAUGGAGAGCCACCUCAGAGAGGAGCUCAAUCAUAAGGAUGAGCUCCUUAAAAAAGAAACCAAAAAAAGGAAGGCUCGCACUCAGGCUUAUGUUGACUGCAUGAACCUGCUCAGUCAAAAAGAAAAAGAUCUGAAAGAGAGUGAAGAGCAGACACAUGACGCCUUAGAGAAGAGUCUAAAACUGGAGCUGGCUCUGAAAGACCAGAGAGAGCAGGAGGACAAAUACAAAGAGAAGGUGGAGGAGGAGACUAAGAGGGCUGAGGAUGAACUGAGGAGGAUGGAGAGCCAGUUCACAGAGGAGCUGAAAGAAAAAGAUGAGCUCCUAAACAGAGAAAUCAACAAAAGGAGGGCUCAUACUCAGGCUUAUGUUGACUGCAUGAACCUGCUCAGUCAAAAAGACAAGGAGCUGAAGGAGAGCGAGGAGCAGACACGUAAAGCUUUAGAGAAGAGUCUGAGCCUGGAGCUGGCUCUGAAACAACAGAGAGAGCAGGAGGAGAAGAAGAGCCAAGAGAAGAUGAAGAACAAAGACAACGAAAAGCUGGAGAAGAACCAAGGAGGUGACGAUGGUCAUAGGAGGAUAGAGAGCCAGCUGAGACAGGAGCUGAAAGAAAAAGAUGAGCUCCUGGAAACAGGAAUCAAAAAAAGGAAGGCCUGCACUAAGGCGUACCUGGACUGCCUGGUCCUGCUCAGUCAGAAAGAGAAGGAGCUUCAGGAGAGAGAAGAGCAGAGACGAAACGCCUUAGAGAAGAGUCUGAGACUGGAACUGGCUCUAAAACAACAGAGAGAGCAGGAGGAGAACAAGAGCCAAGAAAAGAUGGAGAACCAACACGAUGAAAAGACGGAGGAGGAGACAGAGAGGAGUGAAGCUAAAGAGAUGAAUGAGAAAAAAGAGAAACCAAAGAAGAAGAGGGGGAAGAAAAAGAACAGGGGUUAGCCACAACAGAGGAUCCCUCCCUCUGAAACCCCACCCCUUUCCCCCCAUCUUACCUUACCCACUCCCCUCACCCUCCUUCCCCUUUCCUGCCCUCUCUUUCCCUCUUACCCCUUUCUCUUUUACCCCUUUACCCCUCUUUCCCCUCUCUCCCCCACCUCUUUCCCUCUCCCUAAAACAAACCCUUCAUGUCUUGUUUGUCAUGUGUGUUAAAUAUAUGUUUUCAAAUCAUUUGUGAGGACUGUGAUGUUUCAUGUCAACUCUUCAGUUCAGUUCUGUUGAAGUGAAUUACUCUACAUCUGCCUGUGUACGCCUUUCUGAAUAUAGAUACAGGAUUCCUGGCUCUACAGUAUUACAGUAUAUGUGUUGGUGGAACAGAUCAGAUAUGAUCAUCUUCUCUUUUAUAUCUUUAAAUUUGUUGUUUGUUUUAGACGUCAAGUAGAAAACAGGAGUUAAAUCAGUCUUAAUGCUCUAAAAGAUCACUGGGUCUGCACAGUUUACUCAACAACAGAGAAAAAUAAAAUAUCAUUUAGAUGAUCUGAUUUUAAAAAGCUCUGUCCCUAAUGGUAACACACCUGAAUCAACUGUGUUCAAAAACAACUUCCACCUCUGGCCAUCAAUGACCCAAAAGAAAUAUUCCAUAAAAUAAUACAGCACUGUCCACAUGGUGUGGCUGUGGUUUUGGUUUUAUACCCUUCAGUUCAAAUUUAGGGAAUAGCCCUUUAAUGGCUAAAGACUGCCAAUCACCUUUGUAUAAAAUUGCUCAAAAUAUAAUGAGUGGGUUAAUGUUCGAGGAUGGACCUUAUGUAAUGUCACAGUGUUAACUUUCAGACCAAAACAUAAAGAUAACUGCUGCUAAGAGGUUGGCAGAGGAAGGAGCAGACUGUGUGAGGCCUAUUUGUUAAAACAUACUGAAUCUUCAAACAAAACUUAUUUUAUACCUGAACUAACUUGUUAUAAAUGAGUCACACACAAACACAGACACACACGAUGGCAUCUCGCUUCAUAAACACUCACGUCAGCGUUAAAUGUGACACAACAGCAUUUGCACUGAAGAAGAAACUUUUCAUGCAGUAUAAAGCAGCUGUGGACGACAGAUACUGUGACAAUC